AUGAACAAAAGAUUAAAAUUAUUGGUUAAAAAACACGGGAACAUCUAUUUCCGGUACAUGCCUAUGAAUCACGGCGUCACACUUCCGCAACCUUACACUCUAUUCGUUGCUAUUAAAGAAAUAUUAAUGGAUACUGACAGGCCAGCUACACGUGGAAUACGUAAAAAUUUCUUAUUCGAUCUAACGCAUAAUAACGGAGGAGGAGGUGGAAGUGGUGGUGGAAACGAACCGGAAAUAUAUAAAUUAUUAGAAAAAAAUAACGAAAGGGAUAAUUUCGAUUACGAUAACGGAAAUGAUGAUAGUAAUGAUGACGAUGAUGAUGAUGAUAGCGAUCCGUUAUCGAAUUUUAAUAUCGAUAUAAUGAAAUGUAGCAGAGAAUUAAUUAUACAAGGGAUAAAAGAUUUUGAAAUUAUGUUUACCGUAUUUAAAGUCCUCGAAACGGUACUGGACGAUUCCGACGAAUGA